CACUGAGAUAAUUCACUUCUUACUGUGAUCCUUGGAUUUAGACUACAGCAGGGCUUUCUGUCAAUGGGAAGCGACCAGGGAAUUUGAAGGGAGAGAUGGAAUCAGGGAAGGAGUUAUCCGGGACUCUGAUGCUGGCUGUCUUCACUGCUGUUCUGGGUUCAUUUCAGUAUGGUUAUAGCCUUGGAGUCAUCAAUGCACCACAAAAGAUUAUAGAAACACACUAUGGGCGGGUUCUAAACGUGCUGCCGAAUGAAUCCCUCCUCCUGAAUGGUACAGAGGCUCGGGUGCUCCAUCCAUCCGUCACAAUGUACUGGUCCCUGUCAGUGUCCAUCUUCUCCAUUGGAGGCAUGGUCUCCUCCUUCCUGGUGGGAUGGGUUGGAGACAGCCUGGGAAGGAUAAAGGGCAUGUUCACUGUGAACAUUCUGGCAGUGGUGGGAGGUCUGUUGAUGGGUUUGGCCAAAAUGGGGCCUGCACAUAUCCUGGUCAUUGCAGGAAGAGCUGUGAUGGGGUUUUACUGUGGGUUGUCUUCUGGACUUGUGCCAAUGUACAUUGGAGAGAUCGCUCCCACAGCCUAUCGUGGUGCCUUGGGAACUUUACACCAGUUGGCGAUUGUCACUGGUAUUUUAAUCAGCCAGGUUAUUGGUCUGGAUUUUCUACUGGGCAAUGACAUCAUGUGGCCAGUGCUUCUGGGCUUGUCAGGGGCGCCGUCCAUUCUCCAGAGUGUACUGCUCCUGAUAUGUCCAGAGAGCCCCCGCUACCUCUACAUCAAACUUGGGAAGGAGGAAGAAGCUAAGAAAACUUUGAAACGGUUCAAGGGAGAAUAUGACACCACUAAGGACAUAGCAGAGAUGCAGAAAGAGAAGGAAGAAGCUAUGAAAGAAAGCAAAGUGUCCCUCCUGCAGCUCAUCCGCUCUCCCUCGUACCGGCAGCCACUGUUUGUCGCCUUGAUGCUGCACCUGUCGCAGCAGUUUUCAGGAGUCAACGCAAUUUUUUACUACUCGACAGCUAUUUUCACAACAGCUGGUGUCGGCCAACCAGUUUAUGCUACGAUAGGAGUCGGUGUCAUUAACACCAUUUUAACCAUGGUCUCAGUCCUCAUUGUUGAUAAAGCUGGGAGGCGCAAUCUUUUUCUCAUUGGAUUAGCAGGGAUGUGCCUUUGUGCUAUAAUGAUGACAGUUGGCCUGGUCUUAUUGAGCACGUAUUCCUGGAUGAGCUAUAUUAGCAUGACGGCCAUCUUCCUGUUUGUGUCCUUCUUUGAGAUCGGGCCUGGUCCCAUCCCAUGGUUCAUUGUGGCUGAGCUCUUCAGCCAGGGCCCCCGUCCUGCUGCUUUAGCCUUGGCAGGCUGCUGUAACUGGACCUCAAACUUCAUUAUUGGCAUGUGUUUUCCGUACAUAGAGGCCCUAUGUGGAAGUUAUGUCUUUAUAAUCUUCGCCGUGAUGCUUUUUGGUUUUACACUGUUUACAUACUUCAGGGUGCCUGAAACAAAAGGCAAGACUUUUGAGGAAAUUUCUUCCGAAUUCCGACGCAGGAGACACGCUCCACCCUCUGGCCCCAAAACAGCCACGGAGCUGGAGCUCUUGGAGAGAUCAACAGACGCUUGAGACACUUUUCUUGUUUCUUAAUCAUGUAUUUGACUUGUUGUAAGAUGCAGGGUCAGCUGUAUUUCAACUUUUCCUGCAUAGCUCAAUCCAUGAACAUCAGUAAAGUCCAUACCAAAUA